CUUAAAAUUAGAGGCAGCUCCCGUUAUCACGCAGUAUGCCGCAAAUCUCCUCCAGCCUUAGACUGCUCCUCCCCUCCUCGUCUCCGCUCUCCAAGAAUCCCUUCUCUCGCUUCUUCUUCGCCACCUCUGUCCUCUCCAAGCCCGGAACUCCCCUUAAACCUCACUUCCCUCUCACCUCCGUGCUCUCCUAUUCCGGUAGGAGGGGAAGAAGGGCCAGCGGCAGCGGCGGCGGUGUCCUCCACCCGAGGAGAGGCAGGAGUACUACCAGGGAAGAACGGGGCGGCGGCGGCGGCGGCGGCGGCGGCGUGCUACCCCAGAGGAGAGGCAACAGUACGUUGAGGGAAGAAAGGGGUAGGGAGAGAGCGCUGGAGAUGGAAGAGAAGGAAGGAAUGGGGUUCAACAAGAGGAGGGCGGAGGGGAGGGACAAGAGCGGCAAACCCAAGACUCUCCAGAUCAAGACGCGGAAGCUGAAUCCUGUCAACACCAUCUGUUACGUUCAGAUUUUGGGGACGGGAAUGGACACACAGGACACCUCACCAUCAGUUUUGCUGUUCUUUGAUAAACAGAGAUUUAUUUUUAAUGCUGGUGAGGGGUUGCAGCGUUUCUGCACCGAGCACAAGAUAAAGUUAUCAAAGAUUGAUCACAUGUUUGUGACUCGAGUGUGCUCAGAAACUGCAGGUGGACUUCCAGGUCUUCUGCUUACUUUAGCAGGCAUUGGAGAGGAAGGAAUGUCGAUCAAUAUAUGGGGUCCUUCUGAUCUUAACUAUUUAGUUGAUGCAAUGCGAUCUUUCAUCCCAAAUGCUGCCAUGGUUCACACACACAGCUUUGGAGCGACACAAGGUGGUAUAACUAACUUUUCAGGUCCGGAAGUUGGGAAAUCCACAGAUCCUAUUGUUCUUAUCGACGAUGAAGUGGUCCGGAUAUCUGCUAUUCCGUUGAGGCCAAGAUCUUCAAAAAAUACUAUGAGCUUGGACAGUGAAACGGGAUCAGCACUAAAGCCUGGUGAGAUUGCUGUGAUCUAUGCAUGCGAACUGCCAGAAAUAAAGGGAAAAUUUGACCCAGAUAAAGCUGCAUCUCUUGGGUUGAGACCUGGACCAAAAUAUCGUGAACUACAACUUGGGAACUCGGUCAUGUCAGAUCGCCUCAACAUUAUGGUUCAUCCAAGUGAUGUUCUUGGGCCUUCAUCCCCUGGUCCCAUUGUACUUCUGGUGGACUGCCCUACACCACUUCAUAUCUAUGAACUGUUGUCCAUACAGUCUCUUAAUCCUUAUUACACGGAUUCUGCUGAUCGGCCAAGAGAGCAUUUAAAAACUGUAAAUUGUAUAAUUCACCUGGGUCCAUCUUCUGUGACAAGGAGUAUAGAUUAUCAGAGGUGGAUGAAAAGAUUUGGUGGUGCACAACAUAUCAUGGCAGGACAUGAAAUAAGAAAUAUGGAAAUACCAAUCCUAAAAUCAAGUUCAAGAAUUUCAUCCCAGCUUAACUACUUGUGCCCUCAGUUUUUUCCUGCUCCUGGAUUUUGGUCUCUUCAUCAGAUCAAUAACUUCUCUUUUGAGUCGAAUGAAUCAUGUGAGGAUUCUUCAACUCUGUGUGAAAGCAUUUCAGCUGAAAAUCUUCUUAAGUUUCAUUUGCGUCCUUACUCGCAACUGGGGUUGGACAGAUCUGUUAUUCCAUGCUCGCUAAAUUACAAAGAGAUUGUGGAUGAGCUUCUUUCAGAAAUUCCUGAAAUUGCAGAUGUUUCAAAAUGUAUUAGUCAGUUUUGGCAGAGUCCUUUAGAAAGUAAGCAUAUGAUGCCUCAAAAGGAUGAAAACAUAAUUAUGGUGGAAGAACCAUGGAUGAAUGAAAAUUCAUUGAUUUCAAAGCAAGGGGCGGGUGCAUCUAAAAAGGACCUUCCUUGUUUAAGUGACAGCUGGACAGAGAUGCUUAAGCACAAUCCUGAUAUUCCAGCCUGUUUGGAAAAUGUGACCAGGGAGGACAUGGAAAUCAUUCUUUUGGGUACAGGUUCAUCACAGCCUUCGAAGUAUCGCAAUGUCAGCUCAAUUUUUGUUAAUCUUUUCUCAAGAGGAAGUUUGCUUCUUGAUUGUGGUGAAGGAACUUUGGCUCAGCUGAAAAGAAGAUUUGGUGUUAAAGGUGCUGAUGAAGCAGUCAAAAGUUUAAAAUUUAUUUGGAUUUCUCAUAUUCAUGCUGAUCACCACACUGGUCUAGCCAGAAUACUUGCCUUGCGGUGUCAGUUGUUAAAGGGUGUACCUCAUGAACCCUUACUUGUGAUUGGGCCAAGACCGCUGAAGAGAUUUCUGGAUGCAUAUUCUAGACUUGAAGAUCUUGACAUGCAGUUCCUGGAUUGCAGGCACACUACAGAAGCUUCAAUGGAUGCCUUUCUUAACUCUCGUGAUUCAGCAGAAGAUUGCUCUUCUGAGCAUUCAGACAACAGCAUUAACAGGAAUGUGGGGGUAGAGACUGUUACAACUCGUCGGUUGGAAACUAAUUUAUUUGCUCAGAGCAGUCAAACGCAAAGCUAUUGGAAAAGACCUGGGAGUCCAGUUGAUGCUGUCAUGGCUCUGCCAGUUUUAAUGAGAUUGAAGGAAGUGCUCCCUGCGGCAGGUUUGGAAGCUCUUUACAGUGUCCCUGUUGUACACUGCCCACAGGCAUUUGGUGUUGUUUUAAAGGCUACCGAGAGGGUAAACAGUGUUGGAAAAGUUAUUCCUGGCUGGAAACUUGUAUAUUCUGGUGAUACGAGGCCCUGCCAAGCUCUAAUAGAUGCCUCCCACGGUGCAACAGUUCUGAUACAUGAGGCAACAUUUGAGGACAGUAUGGGAGAUGAAGCGAUAGCAAGGAACCAUAGCACAACAGGGGAAGCUGUUGGAGUGGGUACGUCAGCGGAUGCCUACCGCAUCAUUCUCACUCAUUUUAGCCAGAGAUAUCCAAAAAUCCCAGUUUUUGAUGAGAACCACAUGCACAAAACAUGUAUUGCUUUUGACCUAAUGAGCGUUAAUUUAGCAGAUUUGCCUGUGCUUCCAAAGGUUCUUCCAUACCUCAAAGUCCUCUUUAGAAAUGAAAUCAUAGUUGAUGAAUCUGAUGAUGUUCAGGAAUCUGUUUUGUACUAAUAAAUUGAAUGUGUGUUCUGUAUUCAUUGUUUGGAAAAUUUGAUUUUUAUAUUUUUUCAUGAUAAGUCUGGCUGCAACUUUGCAUUGUUUGUAACAAUUUAAAAUGAUUCUAUAUUAAAAGAAUAAAGCAACAUAAAUGUUUUAAC